GGGACGCUUUAUUAUCCACCAAGCUGUCUCUCGCUCUCCCAUCACCGACCUGCUCGCCCAACAACCACCCCACGAUCGAAUCUCUCCCUCCCGUCUCCCUCAACCAUCCACGAUCCGCUAAACGAAUACUCCAAAUUCCUCCCGUUUUCAGAAACCGCCGAUCCGCCUGACGAAGCUACGAAUCACCCCUCACGCCCGCCAUGUUCAGAAACAAUUACGACAACGACUCGGUGACAUUCUCGCCGCAAGGCCGGAUAUUCCAGAUCGAGUAUGCAGCCGAAGCAGUGAAGCAGGGUUCCGUGGUAGUGGGCAUUGCCAGCAAAACACACGCCGUUCUAGUAGCAAUCAAGCGCAACGCCGAAGAGCUGUCCUCGUACCAAAAGAAGAUCUUCACCGUCGAUGAGCACUCCGGUAUCGCCAUCGCAGGCCUCACCUCGGACGCCCGCGUCCUCUCCAACUUCAUGAAGCAGCAGUGCCUCGGCCACCGCAUGACGUACGGUCGCUCAAUGCCCCUCCGCACCCUCGUCGACAUGAUUGGCGAAAAGGCCCAGAUCAACACCCAGGUCUACGGCAAGCGACCCUACGGUGUCGGCCUCCUAGUUGCCGGCGUCGACGAGCGCGGUCCCCAUCUCUUCGAAUUCCAGCCCAGCGGUAUGACGGAGGAGAUGGUUGCCUUCGCCAUCGGCGCCCGCAGCCAGAUGGCCCGCACCUACCUCGAGCGCAACAUCGACGCCUUCGAGACGUGCUCCCGCGAGGAGCUCGUGCAACACGGCCUCAAGGCCCUCAAGGAGAGUUUGGUUCAGGACCGCGAGUUGACGGUCGAGAACACCAGUGUCGGUGUCGUCGGCUACACCGAGAAGGAUGGUGUCAAGACGGUCCAGCCAUUCAAGCUGUACGACGGCCAAGACGUCAAGGAGUGGCUCGACAGUGUCGCCGCUAGCGAGAGCCAGGGCGGCGGCGAAGAGGGCGGUGAGGGUAUGGAGGUUGACGGCUAAGCGUUGUGGAAAUCAUGAAUUGAGGAAAGAUGCGCGGAUGGGCUUCUACGCUGCGUUGCGUUGGGCUAGGCCGGAUCGUCGCCAAACAACCUCCUAUCCGGGGGUUUGGCUGACUGGACACGGCUAUGGGAAAGAGACUCACCGUCCUCGAACGCACAGAGCCGGCCCGUUUAGACUUGUACCAAUACACUGCAAAAAGGAGAUUCGACGGCCCAAAAAUGAGCUGCAUCCGAUGACUCAAGAGAUAGGAAGACACGCAAUCUAUGUGCUCACUGGUGAA